AUGUCGCUCGCCCGCCAGGCCGAGCGGUCUCUGCUCGCACCCGCCCUCCGGCGUGGUCUCGUCGCCUCACAGCAGCAGUCUUCUCCGGCGUCGACGACAUGCCCGAGGCAGCCGAAGGUCGCCGCCGCCCCCAGCAGCCAGAGCCGCCGCUUCCAGACCUCGACGCGCAACCCGCUGCCUGUCUCGCCCGGCGGCGGCUCCUCGCUCGGCGGCCUGGGCGGAGGCUCGCUGCCGCCGUCCUACUUCCAGCGCCCGUCGCUGCCCGCCAACACCAUCAUCCGCUUCGUGCCCCAGCAGACGGCCUGGAUCGUCGAGCGCAUGGGAAAGUUCAACCGUAUCCUCGAACCCGGCCUCGCCAUCCUGGUGCCCUUCAUCGACCGCAUCGCCUACGUCCGCAGCCUGAAGGAAGUCGCCAUCGAGAUCCCCAGCCAGAGCGCCAUCACAGCGGACAAUGUGACCCUGGAGCUGGACGGCGUGCUGUACACGCGGGUAUUUGAUGCGUACAAGGCCAGCUACGGUGUGGAAGACGCCGAGUACGCCAUCUCGCAACUGGCGCAGACGACGAUGCGAUCCGAGAUCGGCCAGCUGACGCUCGACCACGUGCUCAAGGAGCGCGCCGCCCUCAACACCAACAUCACGGCCGCCAUCAACGAGGCCGCCCAGGCCUGGGGCACCUCGUGCUUGCGCUACGAGAUCCGCGACAUCCACGCGCCCGCCCCCGUCGUCGAGGCCAUGCACCGCCAGGUCACGGCCGAGCGCAGCAAGCGCGCCGAGAUCCUCGAGUCCGAGGGCCAGCGCCAGAGCGCCAUCAAUAUCGCUGAGGGAAAGAAGCAGAGUGUUAUUCUGGCCUCGGAGGCCAUGCGUGCCGAGAAGAUCAACAACGCCUCGGGUGAGGCCGAGGCCAUCCUGCUCAAGGCCCGCGCCAGCGCCGCCGGCAUCGACGCCAUUGCCGGCUCCAUCCAGCAGGGCGGUGGUGCCGCCCAGGGUGCCGUCAGCCUCAGCGUCGCCGAGAAGUACGUCGACGCCUUCGGCAAGCUGGCCCGCGAGAGCACCGCCGUCGUCGUCCCCGGCAACGUCGGCGACCUCGGCGGCAUGAUCGCCACCGGCCUGAGCGUCUACGGCAAGGUCGGCGAGGCCCAGAGCCGCUCCAUGGCCGAGAAGAUGGUCAACGGUCAGCAACAGCAGCAGCGCCAGGGGGCGGGCGAGAACGGCAACGGAAAGACGGGCGAGGAAGACAGCAUCGUCGACACCGUGGUCAAGGAGUUCGACAACGCCACCGGCAGGAAAUAA